UUUUCAUCAAUCAACAAUUCGCCUAGAGGGGCGUUGUUUCCUAUUUACAGGAGGUACCUGCAAGAAGGUGAGACCGCCUGCUCCCGCACUGUCUGCGGAACAGACACCGGCGCCCUCCUUCAUCUGUUGACUUCCCUCCCCCACCCAAAACAUGGAUCAUCGGAGGCCACCUGCGCUUACUUCACUUUAUACUAGCAUCGUUUAAGACCGGUUUUCAGGAGAUUGGAUAUUUAAACAUUCUAGGAGUUACUCGAAGGUUUCGAUGAAACCAGUAAACAAUGUAACAAGCAUCAGAGAGAAAGCGCCGUUGUGUCCGCUGGGGAGAUGCAGCGCGAGGAGGCGAGAGCAGCACCUGGAAACGGUGUUAGUGAGAAUACAGCACCUACAGCAGAGAGUCCAGCACAUCCGAACGGGACCGUGUCCCAGUCACAAGCUGAACAUCAGCCUUCAUCUUCUACCCCAGCUCCAGCUGCUCAGCCCCCCAGAGAACAGUGGGGUGGUAAAUAUGAGUUUCUGCUCUCCUGUAUAGGCUACUGUGUUGGCCUGGGAAAUGUGUGGAGGUUCCCUUAUCUCUGCUACAGAAAUGGAGGAGGUGUGUUCCUCAUUCCUUACUUCAUCAUGCUGUUCUUCACGGGAAUGCCGCUCUUCCUCAUGGAGCUCAGUCUGGGCCAGUACGGAGCUGCGGGUCCUAUCAUGGUCUGGAAGUGAUGUCCGCUCCUCAAAGGGAUUGGCAUAGGGAUGCUGUGUGUGUCCACUCUUGUGUGUCUGUAUUAUAAUGUCAUUAUUGCUUGGACAUUCUAUUACCUGGGCAGUUCUUUCCAGAGUCCUUUACCCUGGUCAUGUGACGCUCUUCAUAAUGUUGCUCUUUGCGGAAAUGACACAAAUUCCACUCAAAGUCCCAGUGAGGUCUUCUGGAACGUGAAGGUCCUGGGUGUGGUGAACAGUAAGGGUCUGCACGACCCCGGUCCCGUGCGUUGGCCACUGGCUCUCUGCUUGCUGGCUGCCUGGGUUGUUAUUUUUCUCUGCAUGUUGAAGGGCAUUCGCAGCUCAGGCAAGGUGGUGUAUGUAACGGCCACCUUCCCGUAUUUUGUGCUUGUGGUCCUCAUCAUCAGAGGUGCCACACUGGAGGGCUCUUUAAAUGGCGUGGCAUUCUACCUCACUCCAAACUGGGUCCAUUUGGCAAACGCACAGGUCUGGAACGAUGCUGCGUCACAGAUAUUUUAUUCCCUGGGUAUCGGGGUUGGUGGGCUCCUCUCAAUGGCAUCUUACAAUAAAUUUGACAAUAAUGUCAUUAGGGACACAUUGAUCAUUACUGUAGGGAACUGUGCCACUAGCUUUUUCGCUGGCUUUGCCAUCUUCUCUAUUCUGGGUCACAUGGCUUGGAGGAAAGGUGUGCCUGUUGGUGAGGUAGCAGAUACAGGUCCCGGGCUGGCAUUUGUUGCUUACCCAGAAGCCCUUGCGCUUCUGCCUGGAUCAGUGUUUUGGUCCAUUCUGUUUUUUCUCAUGCUCUUUAUGAUGGGAGUGGACACACUGUUUGGUAACAUGGAGGGCAUCUGUACAGCAGUGCUGGAUGAGUUUCCUCAGCUCAGAUCCAAUCUCAAACACAAGACCUUGUUCCUGGCUCUGCUUUGCUUCAGCUUCUAUCUGAUGGGUUUGCUUCUGAUCACUGAUGGAGGGAUAUACUGGUUCACACUCAUUGACUCCUUCAGUACCAGCUUUGGCCUCAUCAUUAUAACUCUCUUCAUGUGCAUUGGCAUCUCGUUCUUUUACGGCGUGAACCAGUUCUGUCAGGACAUUGUGGACAUGAUCUGUCAGUGUCCACCCUGGUGCACAAAACUACUGGUGUACUUCAAAGCCUGCUGGGUGGUAUUUACUCCUUUCCUGUUAACGUUCAUCUUGACGUACAUCUUUAUUGAGAUGUACCGCACUUCUCUACGCUACGGUUCCUAUGUGUUUCCAACCUGGGGCAAAGCUCUGGGCGUGUGCAUGGGUGCCUUCUGCUGUCUACAGAUUCUCAUCUGGGCUAUAGUGGCGGUCAGUAAGGAGUCUGGCACUCUGAAAGAUCGUUUUAAAAAAUCCAUCCGUCCACUCAACUCUUGGCGCGUAAACAACUUAAACGCGGCCGCUCAGGAUCACCCUGUGGAACCUGAGAGGGUAGAAGGGCCCCACACGAUUAACCUGGCUGAAGCAGACUUCACAGCAAUGAACUGGGAGGCCAUAAGUGAGGCGUAACACCGCCCCUAGUGUUGGAAAGCGGAACUGCACUCUCUCAAAAGCACAAACGCUGCUGAGCUGAGGACUUCCUAUGGGGAAAACUGCAUUUUUGCAUAAUCACCACUGCAGAGUUUCAGAAGACAAUCGUAGUGUCCUGUAGGACACAUUACAAUGACAUUUAUUUAUGCUGAUGUGACCUCAUUGUAUUCUGGUCCCAAGGCCAAAGACUAAAAUGCAAAAGACAGCAGACAUUUGGAUUCUUUGAAUCUGUACCCAAUAUAUCCGUUUUCUGACCUUUAUCUAAUAUUUUUAUGGACUUUCUCAGAAUAGAGCGUAGGGCUUAUUUUAAACUUCAUAACAAUGUGGACAAGGGCCACAUAAGGUGGAGCAGAUAUGACGCUGUAUAGGAAGACUGUGCUUUUUUAUUAGUAAUCGCUAUUUUAUUUUGUAAAAAUGUAUUAGAAAGAGGCACAGAGACCCCUGUUAAAUAAUUUAAAAUGUUAUAUACGUGAGUAUAGAAAUGAUAACACAUUUGGAGAACGCCACACAUUAAGCAAAUAAAAUGAGAUGUCUUUGUGGCACAACUUAUAAUUUGUUCUUC